GUAGCCAGUUAAUGAUUUGGCUUGAACUCUGUAGCCUGACACAGGCAGACGCACCCCACGUGUCUACCUGAGGCUGUCCUUCCAUUUUAUGGAGACCUUGCAUAGUCGCCUGGCGACUGGGGAGCAGUCCGGAGGUCAAGAACAUUGUCAACCAGAGUCUCCUCACCGAGGCCUGCAGCCUAAGUCUCCCUCCCAGCCCCGUCAGCAACAGCAAACUGGCUCCCCAAAGCCCCAUGGCACACUACAGCAACCCAAACAGUCCAGAAGACAGCAUCCUGAACGUAAGCGUCUCAGGCACCAGCGGCAGAGCACUGACUCAGAUACAGUGCUGGAACACAAACAUGAAGCAACAACAACAACAACAAAAGAAACCACAGUUUCUAGUUUGUCACCAGGCGUCCCACCUUCCUCAGCAGGUGGUCCAACCCAGUCUAAACCAGAAACCCAAGAGGGCACCCCAAAACAGAAACGAGAGCGUAAGCCUCAGAGACCAGGAAAAUAUGUCUGCACGUAUUGUGGCCGUGCGUGUGCAAAACCUAGUGUCCUACAGAAACAUAUUCGCUCCCACACGGGUGAAAGACCCUAUCCUUGUGCCCCAUGUGGCUUCUCUUUUAAGACCAAGAGUAACCUGUACAAACACCGCAAAUCACAUACCCACAGGGUGAAGGCAGGUCUGGCACUUGGGGAGCCAAGAUCUUUAGAGGAGCAAGUCACUGAGUCAGAGGAUGAAACCAGACAGCUGUCAUCAGCCUCUUCCCAUCCAGAAAGACAAAGCAGUGCAGCCUCAAUCAAGAGUCAUGAAACAGACAGGGCCAAAGACUGCACUGCAGGAAAUGAUGACUCCUACGCGGUGAAAAAGAGAUUGGCCCUGCGUCUGAGCAGAGGAAAACAUGGUCCUCAAGAUUCAUCUGAUGAUAAGACCUCGUCUCUAAUUUUAGGCAGUAAAGGCAGUACAGAAUCUGGCUAUUUCUCUCGCUCUGAAAGUACUGAGCAGUCACAGGACAGUCCCCCGAACACAAGUGCCAAAAGCUAUGCAGAGAUCAUCCUCGGCAAAUACGGACGUCUCGGACACCUACAGAGGAUGUCUCGUCAUCAUAACCAGCAGCCCUCUGGUCAGAAGGACAAAAGCAUCCCAUUCACAGUGCCCAAGAAGCAGGUCAUUGACCAUAUUACCAAACUCAUCACGAUCAACGAGGCAGUGGUGGACACCAGUAAAAUUGACAGUGUAAAACCAAGGAGAUUCUCACUCUCCAGAAAGAAUAGUUCAGAGUCUCAAAAGAGUUCGUCUUUGAAAGAACCACUCAUUCACAGUCCUAAAGCUGGAGAUCUGGGCUAUAAAAACAGUGGCUCCAUCACCAUGGGAGUUCCAUGUGAAAAAUUUCAUCACCAGUCCCUAAAUGUGGAGCAGCCAGCUGGCCAAACAUCGACCGCCCCUCUGGUGAGAAGUCACUCAAUGCCAUCUGCAGCUAGUUCAUUUGAUGCUUCCAGUGGUGGCCACAGUAAAUUCCGCCAAAGUCAGUCCUUUGAUGAACGACAGCCUUCGGAAAUGCAGGCAUCCCGUCGUUAUGGGAUGCUAAGACGGCAGCCAGCUAUUGAAAUCCCACUUGGUGCCGAACCUACAAAAGAGGAACACGAGGGUUCUCAUUCAUUUUACCCUGACAGCGUAACCACUGUGCCUGACCACAAGCAAAGUCAACCCCAGCCAUAUGAGUGUGAGGCCUGUGGCACUGGAUGCAAAGAUUGGGAAGGUUAUAAGAAACACAAGCAAAGCCUGUGCUCAGCACAUCAUCCUAGAAAUGAGGUGGUAAUUAGUCAAAUGGAGUUCUCACAGCUAAUUAACCAUGCAGUCAGAGCAGGGGCUUCGGCGGUGCGCAAGAGGAGGAAAGAGGAGAGUUUUGAAUUUGAUGACCCCUCUUCUCCAUCAUUACCCUCUCCUGCCCUCCUGUCAGGACAGGGUAGAGAUGAAAGCAGUGUAACGUACGAGGGCCCCAGAAGACCCACACUGCAAACCUGUUCAGUAAUUCAACACACCAGUUCAUUUGAAAAACAAGAAUCUUUGUGCAGUGAGAAUCAAGGUGCUGAGGCAACAAAAAACUCUCCACCUCCUGACGAAUAUCAGCUGGUGCCUCAGAAACAACCCCAACAACAGUCGACAAAACUAGCGACCCGAAAGCUGGUGCGCCAACACAAUGUGCAAGUUCCAGAAAUACUGGUGACAGAGGACUCCAACAUGAGCACAGAGACUUCAGUAGAGCCAACCUCUAUAGCAAAACAUUCAGAGAAAGCUGAUGAAUUUCAGUGGCCGCAGAGAAGCCCCUCUCUGGCCCAGCUCCCUAUUGAAAAGCUUCCUCCAAAGAAGAAGCGCCUACGUCUAGCUGAGGCUGCCCAGUCCUCAGGGGAAUCCAGUUUUGACUCUAUAUCUCUGCCCCGUAGCCCUAGUCAGGACAGUAGUGCGUCCUAUGCAUCCAGUCGUUCCACAUCCUUUGAGGAACCAAACAGAUCAGACAUGGACAUAGCAACAUCGUCACCACUGAGGAGAUCAAGAGCUCCUCACAUGCUAACGGUGCCUGGAGUGCAUCAUCACAGAGAGAUGAGGCGCUCAGCAUCUGAACAGGCACCUCACGACCCACAACCAAGCGUCCUAAUGGCUGAGACCCGCAGCAAGUCCUUUGACUACAGCAGUCUGUCCCCUGAGCGCUCCGCAGUGGGCUGGAGGGAAAGGAGAAAAUGUCUCCUUAUGAGACACACUGCUGUCAGAGAUCCAGAUGAGGAGGAGGAGGACCAGUGUACCAUACCGAGCCGUAGUCCUGAACAUGUCACAACUAGCACAUCCUCUCAAGCAAGCCCCACCUCUGUGUGCUGCAGUAGGUCCCCUGCUUCUCCUUUAUCAGGUGACACAGUCUUGCGUAAUCCAGUUAGAUCUCAGUGCAAAGAGACCUUCUCUCAGUGGAAGCUUAGUCAAAAUAUUCAGCUAACAGGCAACACAGAACUCUCUCUAACUCACGGUCCCUCUGUAGAGCCUGUAAAAGAAGAGGCCUCACACAUCCAUACAGGACAGCCCCCUCCCCAAGCCCCACAGCCCUAUCCUACGCAUGGACCAUCAGGGGCAGCCAGAGCUCGCUACCUCCCCAUGUCCACAGGGCUGAAGCUGGAGAUUCCCAUACAUGAUGAUUAUUCAGACAUUCGAGCAAGUCACUCCCACGUCCCAGACUCUGUCCCUCAUAUCACUUCCAGUCUGGAAUUACUGAGGCCAGUCACAUCUCUUUCAGUAGCGGUGCGUCUCCAAACAGACACCCUCACCCCAGCAUGUGCCAUAUACACCACACUGUCUCAGUCCACCUCCCCUAAACCCCAGGAGGCAGUUGAUGCUGUUACACACAACGUAGGCAUUCCAGCAGCUGAAUACAGAAACCACAGGAACACAAGUCCAGACUUUCAGUUGUGGUCUGAUGACGGCCUGAGGCUAUCAGGCUCAGGGGGCAACAAGCGCAUGCUUUCCCCUUCAAACAGCAUAGAGCUCCCCCUCGAGUCACAACAGCAGCAGAAACGAGUAAAAGAAGAAGAAGAAGAGAGGGAGGUGGGGUGUGUUGACAAGGCAUCAGUGGGCGCAUGCAAUCAGGAGCUCACACGGGAGAAUCAGCCAUGUCUACCAGGUGUUUGUUCUCCCGUCACACAUGUUGGACCUUCAUUCCCCAGUCUGCUGUCCAGCACCUGUAAUAGCUGGUGCUAUUUGAACUACAUUAAACCAAACCCUUCCACUCUGGAUGAACAGAAGCCCUCAGUGUAUUCAUCGUGGUCCACGAGCAGCUAUGACCCCAACCCACCUGGCCUCUCCAGCAAGAUGGCUCUCUCUCUGCUGCACUGUAAGCAGAGGCUCAGUCCCUCUAUCUACACCAUAUCCCCCAUGUCAGCCAGGACAACUGAGUCAAUGGAGCAGGAGGACAACAAAAGACCAUGCUCCCCGGAGGUCUACAACAGCCAGUCGAACAGCAAAGACCAUGAGGGGACAGGGAAGGGACAGAAGUCAACAGAUGACAUCAGAUCAAACAGGGAAGAGGUGAAGGAUGAUCAGAAGAAGAAGAAAGAGGAGGAGGAGGAGGAGGAAGUCCAACAACCUCCUGAAGUCUGGAUAUCUGAGGAGGGAUCAAAUGAGAAGUGUGGCGUUGUGCGUGGUGGAGAUGGAGGCAAGUGUCAAUGUGAGGACUGUGGAUUCCGCCUUAAGGAAGCCAGUGUGCUGCAAAAGUGCACCAACCUCUCCACAGAAUCCCCUCCACGUAAAUGCAGUCACUGUAAGGUUGCUUUCGCAGCCAAAGGGAAUUUCACCGAACACCUGACAUCUAAGCCCCGUGGAAAAGAAACCUGUUGUUACCCAGAUGACACAGGUGAAGGUGUCUGUGAAGACCAAUCAGUUCUCCCAGAUAAACAAAAAGAUCAGCAGUACUCUGAUCUGGGGAAAGGUGGACAUGAUGAGGACAGCAAUGCAAAGGACAAGGAAGGUAGAUGUGAAGACAGCAGGUCCAAGCUGGCUGAAAGCUCUCACACUGCCCCCUCUGACAGUGAGGAACCUCAUUCAGGAGGCCAGCCGAUGGAGCCCGAGCCCAGCCGAUCGCUGACACUCACCCCCAAGGACUCUACCCAGAAGAGCUCGGCCAGGACCAGGAGGGCCCUGUUUGCCCGCAGACGCCUCGACGCUUCAGCUUCGGUGUCCUCCAGAGGCUCCCAUUCUCCUAGUACUCAGUCCCUGACUCCACGAAGGGAGCUGUCUCCACCUCCUAGCGCUUCUCCCAGGCCUCGCCAGUCCCCCGGUCCUCCUUCCUCCCUCUCCCCAUCCGGUUGUCAUGUCUCCACCUCUCCACUGAGGCCAGUCUCCCCCCUUAGAGGUCUUUCUCCUGUAAUAGUCCAGCCCCAUGGAUCGGACUCCUCUGGGCCUCUGGGCUCCCUAGCAGACACCUCUGCUCAGUGUCUUCACCCAUGGGACCGACCGUCUACAGCAAGACUGUCAGUGGAUGAGGUCGGUCUGAUCCACAUCACCCCACAUCCCACGCGGCUUCGGGGAGCCCACAACCUCCUGAGUCAUCUCCCUCUGCACUCCCAGCAGCCGAGCAGGGCCCCGAGCCUGCUGAUUCCCAUUGGGGGGAUUCACAUGAUUCAGCCCAGGUCCCCCCUCCCUCUUUACAGCCUGGUGAGCAGCCCUGCAGCAGCCACGGCUAACCCCGCAGGUCCAGGGACGUCCUGGAGACUGAGUGACGCUUCGAAGGGAAGGUUCCCUCUGCUGCGGCGGCAAGACACUCUCAAAGAGACGUCGCCCGGUGGCAGAACCGACCCAGCGGACCCCAAGGCAUCGGGGGAAAUGUCUGGGAGCAGCCACUCUGACUCUCUGUCACACAGAAAGAGUCAAAGCCGCUUCAGCAUCCAGCAACCAUCGAGUCCCAGGACAGAGACGAGGCGUCCAGAGGUGAGCACAGACACACACGUUACAGAAAGGUGUGUUUACCCUGACAACACCCAAGGCCAAAAAAAGACUCCUUCCUCCCAGACACAGCUCUGAUAGGAGGGAGGGUCUGAAGGGACAGUGCAAAAGACUGACGACCAGAGCCUGUGUGUGAAAAUCCUGCAGCACGCUCUGGUUCAGACUCCGAGGACAAAAGGCAAGAGCACUUGAGCACCGCUUUUGAAUGACGCUGUUAUGUAAUUAUAUGAAUAAUAUAUAUAUAGACACUAUGUUAGAUAUGCAGUAUGUUUUGUAAAUCUUUUUUUACCCUCUGGUUUGAUGUCAUUGGUGUUAAUUUAUUUAUGUGCUAUUAUGCAAAUUCUGUACUAUAUGCAAAAGCAGCUGGAAUGAAAAUAGACAAAGUUUUAAUCAGUUUCCCUAUUAACCCCUUUGACAGCUCUAAUAUACUAUUGCUGUGUUAAUGUACUGUAUUACCAAAAUGGAUAUAGAAAGGUACUACAAAUAUUUAUUCACCCCGACCAGUAUUUUGAAGUGCAAUUUUACGUCAAGAUUGUGGUUUGAAAUGUCAUUCUUAAAGGCUGUGAUUAUUCUUCUUCUUAUUAUUUGUCAGUUGUUGUUUCUUUUUUUUCUGUUGUUGUUGUCGUCUUUGUUUGUGUUUGAAGAAGCAGGGUUACGAUCACCUCCUUUUCUAAGAUCUUUGAGAAAAGAAGUUUCAGAUCAAGACAUUUGGAGUGCACUGACAAAUGAUUUGAUAUCCAGAGGAAACCUGUUUCACCUACAUGGUAGCUACGGUACAGUUUUUUUCAUAAACAGAUACAUGUAUUUUUGUGUUGUUGCUUUUAUAAAUGAUACAAUCACUGUCAUUUUCAUGUUUAC